AGAGACACUCGCGAGUCUUCCUACUCGCGAACACCGCGAGCUGUCAGUCGCGCGCCGAUCGUUAGUCGUUACCCGCACGUGCGUUAGUUGUUUGAUAAGAAAUUUUGCUUACCGUGGUCACCGUCCCGCGUCCGGCACCGCGAUUGUUCUUCAUUCUCCACUCGACGCGGAGCCCAAAAGAAAUCAGGGCAUAAAUAUUCAGCAAGUUAAAGAGAAGAGGAAACAUCCUUCAUUUUCCUUGACGAAGACAUGGCAACGACCGAAACGUGCCAGAUCAAGUCGACGACCAAGGGCCGCAGAAAUGUCGUUCCCAUAAUUCACGUUCGAGGAACCCACUAUGAGAUCGGCUUUGAUAUCGGACGCACCUUCGCCAAAAUGAUUCAAGACUUUGUCGACGCCUAUGGACCGUUGAACGAAAUCUAUCUGCCAAUAUUCGCGACCGAGGAGGGCAAGAAGGUUUAUAAUGAAACUCUUGACGCGGUCAAGAAACAGUUUCCGCAAUAUUUGAGGGAGAUCGAGGGAACGGCAGACGGAGCAAACGUGCCGUUCCACAAACUAUUUCUGAUGCAUUUGGACGACAUUCUUCCGAACGUUACUGGAAUGCAAGGAAAUGGACUUCCAGUCGGUUGUACAACCAUCAUGUGCAAUCAAUCGGGACAUGAGAUUCUAGGUCACAAUGAGGAUGCUCUUAGGGAGACUUUGAAUCACUGGUAUCUCGUGGAUGCUCACGUAAUUGAGAAGGGUUACAAAGAGGAGAAGUUCACGUCGUUGAGUUACGCUGGUUUCCUACCGGGUUACACAAUGGGUUACAACCAUCAUGGCCUCGUUUACAGCAUUAACACCCUCAGUGCUGCGGUUCUACGAUCCGGCAAGACUCCGCGAUACUUCCUAACGCGAGCAUUGCUGGGCGUGGAGAAUUUCGUGCAAGCGCAACAGACGUUGAUGAACGAGGGUUACGGCGCGGCGGAGGGCUUCUCGGUGAACAUGACGUUCCUCGCACAAGAGGACGACCGGAUGUUUCACAACGUCGAGGUGGGCCCGGCUGAAACAGGCGUGAACCGGUCGCAGCUCAUCGUCCUGACUAUUAAGCCAGGCGAGAAUACCUCGCAUUGCAACAAGUACCUACAUCUAAAGGUGGCGGAAGUGGAAGGAAGGAUCAUAGAAAGCAGCAUCAGGAGAGCGGAAGCGAUUUCGAAGCAUCCGCCAGUUAAAUGUCGUCAGGAUGUAAUCAACAUACUUAGUGAUCAGACAGGCAAGGAUUACAGGAUUUAUCAAGACGGUCUCGGUGGCGAAAUCAAGACGAUUGCCACUGGUAUCUUCGACUGCAUUGAACGUACGUGGUCUAUUUACACGGACAUCCCGCAGUUCAACGAGCCAAUAGUGGUAAUACCUAUGCAACUUCGUAAUUUUGCGGCUUUACAAAAUGGCAAAGCAAAAUAAUAACUCUUAUAAAUAAUAAAUCUUAUACGAAUCACGAAAAUGUAGCAUUUGCUGCAUUCAUAUUUUACAACAUAUAACAUGUAAUAUUAACAAUUUUAACUAAAAGAAAAUAUAUAUAUAUAUAUAUAUAUAUAAAAGAAUUUUUAAUCUAUCAAAUAAAAUGUAAGAAAGUUGAUGCAAUCUGGCUGUAAAGAAUUAUUGAAAUUUCGAAAGAAACAUUGUACAAAAUUAGAAAAACCCAUACGUCAUUAAAGUCCACGAAGUAAUUAUGUGUGGUGGAGAAAAGAUCUAUUGUUCUUAUUGUGUAUGAAACCUAUUGUUUUCUAUAUGAGAUUUUAUCAUUAAGAAACUAUCGAUAUCUUAAUAUCCUUGUUGAAGAAAAUGUAACUACAUUAAUAAUCUUACGUAGGAAGACUGGGCAAGAGCGAUUAUCUUAUAAUCCCAGAUUUCUUUAAUCAUUAUUUUAUGUAUGUUUCUGAUUAUAAAAGAUUUAAAGAGUUAAAAUUGUAAGUAUAAAAUAACAUUGUAACAGAUUUCGGGAUAGAUAAAUAAAUUACGCGCUAGGUAAUAAUGUUAUUAUAUUUGAUGCCUAUUAAAUAGAGGAAAUAAAGGUGCUCACCACUGUUCUAUUUCGUAAUUUCAGCUUUAAUUUCUUGAUAUUUUCGUAGUAUGAGUACAUUGUUGUGAUUCUUUUCCUCUUUAGUAUUAGCAGCUUCGAGAACCAUUCGCAUCCAAAUCGAUUGAAAAAUUCGUAAUAUAACGUAAAAUACUAAAUUCCAGUAAAAAAGCAAUGUAAAUUAUUACAGAAAUAUUCUAUUUUUUUUUUUCCUU